AUGGUGAAGCAUCUCCUUCUUGCUUCGCUCACUGUAGGGGCAUUGGCUCGUCCGGCGGCUUUGUCCGACACAAAGCGCAGCAAUGUCACUAACCUCAACGUCAUGCUAUCUGUUGCUAACGGGCUCUUGGAUACGCCUACCGAUGGUCGCAUAGUAUUGAUGUUGGCGCCUGCUGGAACUGAUCCUCUCGACGACACCGAUGUCACUUCGUCGCCCAACAAGAUAUUCGGAAAGAACGUAUACGGGUUUGGAUCGGAUAAGGCCGUCACGUUGUCUGGUGGUAGUAACGACAAUACUGCGACUGGAGUCUUUGGUUGGCCAAAUCCCAGUCUUGACAACAUCGACCCCGGUAACUACAGUGUACAAGCAUUCCUUACCAGAUAUGAGACUGUGACCCGCAGCGACGGAUCCAAGGUCAGCCUCCGCUUUCCAUGCGGCGACGGUGCACCAAAUGUCAAUGGGUUUGGGAGUUUGGUGACACCAAUUACAAACAUCACCAUAUCUGGCAGCCAACAAGUCGUCCAACUGACCUUCAACAACAUCACCGAAGUCCCCAACUUCAGUGGGAAAGAAAUGGGCGGAUGCAACCAGGGCAACUACGAGGAUACGGAGCUUCUCAAGCAUAUCAAGAUCCGCAGUAAGAAGCUAAGCAAGUUCUGGGGGCGAGACAUGUACGUUGGCGCCAACAUCGUGCUACCAGCCGGUUACGAUGCCAACGACACAAAGACACGAUAUCCCGUCAUCUACCACCAAAACCACUGGGCAGACGGUGUUGGUGCAUACAACUACGGCAAAAACGAAGAUUUCACGUCUAUCUGGAAUAAAGGCAUCAUCCCCGCAACAGACAGUAAUCCAGAACGGCCAGUCCCGAAAUUCAUCACUGUCGCCUUCCGCCACGAAGCACCCUACUACGACGACUCGUACGCCGUCAACACCGCAAACCUGGGCCCUUAUGGCGACGCUCUAAACGAUGAACUCCUUCCCUACAUUGACCAAAAAUUCAAUACCAUCCGUUCCCCCUACGCCCGCAUCCAAGACGGCGGCUCAACCGGCGGCUGGGAAUCAAUCGCAAACGUAAUUUACCGCCCCGACCUCUUCGGCGCCUGCUUCUCUUCCUACCCAGACUCCCUAUCCUUCUACCGCCACCAAGACAUCGCUCUCUACACCGCUUCCAACGCCUACAUUCGCGAUGACGGUAGUAGCGUCCCCAGCAUCCGAACCUUCGUCAACGGCACGCAAGUAGUCGAAGCCACCGUCGCAUCCGAAAACCACUGGGAACUCACCUUCGGAACUGCCUCGCGCUCCUUCAACCAAUGGGACAUCUGGAACGCCGUCUUCGGUGUCCAAGGCUAUAACAAUUAUCCGCUUGAGCCGUGGGACAAGGUGACGGGCGAGAUUUAUCACGAUGCUGUGGCAUACUGGAAACAAUUCGACCUCACCGAAUACAUCAUUGCGAAUUUCAACUCGACUCGUAAUCUCGGUACUGCGCUUGCAGACCGGCUUUUCGUCUACGUCGGCUCGUGGGAUACGUAUUUUCUCAACGAGGGCGUGCAGGAGUUUCGGGAUAGGACGGAUGCGGUUGGUGGCAAGGGCUGGGCGAAUGUUACUAUCUUACCGGAAAAGAUACAUGGGGGCAAUUAUCAAGAUAGGAAUAUUUGGGAUUAUUUGGAGUUGGUGGAGGGGUGGGUUAAGGAGCAUACGCCUGGGGGUCCUAAGCCGCUUUGUGAAGCGUGUACGGCGCCGUCGACACGUGGGAAUGUCUGGGAUGAGGUUAUCAAAUUUGGGGGUCGCAAGGCUGCUGUUGGGCGCCAGGUGGAUCCAAAGAUUCAAGCGGCUGGGAAGGUGGUUGUGGGACAGCGGGUUACGGCGAGUGUUGGGCGCUGGGAUCCCGGUGUCGAGUUGACGGCUCAGUGGAUUCUGAACAGCAAGCCUGCGUGUGAAGCAUUUGCUGUAAAGCAGGGUGCGAAUGUGACGUACACACCGACUGCAAAGGGGCAUAUGCAGUUGCUGGUUACGGGAGAGAAGAGAAACUAUGUGACUGAGACGAGGAAGAGUCAGAGGGUACUUGUUAGACGGUAA